UGUUGAGGCUAGUAAUGCCCUCCCAUGUACGGUGUAACCAGCGAAACGAGAGAACAAAUCAUAAAUACCCUUUUCAUUGGCUUACGCCUUGCGAAUGGCUGAUAACACUCCUAUUGAUAUAAUCCGCUCGCGCGAUUAUGACCAUGAGUUGGCCUCGCAGGACCCUCUGUAUAAAGACAGUCAGCACCUAGGUCAAGACUCUUCAUCUCAGCUAGAGCAGCAGCAAACUGCAGCCCCGGAAGUCCUAGAAGACAAAUAUCAACGUGAUGUUCCCCCAGACGGUGGCUAUGGAUGGGUUUGUGUUGCUUGCGUCUUCUGGAUCAAUGCACAUACAUGGGGAAUCAACAGUAGCUAUGGAGUCUUUCUCUCUUAUUACCUCUCGCAUGAUGUAUUCCCAAAUACCUCUGCACUCUCCUACGCCUUCACCGGCGGCCUGAGUAUCUCCUGCGCCCUCUUGGUUGCUCCUUUAGCCACUCACCUCAUUCAUGUCUAUGGGAUCCGACUCGUCCUAAACAUGGGCGUCUUCUUCGAGACCCUCUCAUUAAUUGGAUCUUCCUUCGCCACCAAAAGAUGGCACAUCUUCCUAAGCCAAGGCGUCUGUUUCGGCUGGGGAAUGGGUUUCCUCUUCGUUGGAAGCGUGGGCAUAACCCCCCAAUGGUUUCAGCGCCGAAGAAGUCUGGCGAUGGGCAUCAACGCCGCCGGGUCCGGUCUAGGCGGCCUAAUCUAUUCCCUGGCAGUAGGCGCCAUGAUCCCCCGUCUAGGACUCAGUUGGGCGUUCCGCAUCCUCGGCAUAAUCGCCUGCGUGGUCAACCUCGUCUGCGCAAACCUUAUAAAAGACCGCAACAAAAAUGUCGGCAGCCGCCACAAAGCCUUCCACCUUCCCCUAUUCAAGCGCCCCGAGUUCCUCCUCUUCCUCGGCUGGGGCGUGCUGAGCAUGCUAGGCUACGUCGCCAUCCUGUUCAGUGUAGCCAACUUUGCUCUCUCCGUCGGCCUGUCGUCCCACCAGGGUAGUAUUGUGAGUGCUUUGUUGAAUCUCGGCCAGGGCCUAGGGCGACCCUUCGUCGGCAUGUUCAGUGAUAAACUCGGUCGCAUCAAUAUUGCGACUUUUCUUUCCUUCUGCUGUGGGCUGUUUUGUCUAGUUAUUUGGAUAUUUGCGCGUAGCAUGGGUGUUGUGUCCUUUUUUGCGGUUCUGGUUGGGACCGUGGCUGGUACGUACUGGGCGACUGUUACGCCUGUGCUUGCUGAGAUUUUGGGGUUGAGGGACCUGCCUAGUGGUCUUAGUAUUACAUGGAUUGUUCUGGUGGCUCCUACGACUGUUUCUGAGGCUAUUGCGCUGGUCUUGAGGGACAAUGAGUCCAAGGAUUCGGUUUACUUGAGGGUUCAGAUCUUCACGGGGUUUAUGUACAUUGGUGCGGCAUUAUGUUUGUGGGUGGUGAGAGGUUGGAAAGUGAGAGACAUUGAACGGGAAACGCUACUAAAGUCGUCCGCUACCGUUGCCGUCAGCAAUAACGCCGGUAUUAAGGUGGAGUGUUCCCAUGGGAUCGAAGAUGAGAACUAUGGCCAGCCAGCAGUGGCAUCUGCAACACCUAAUCCUGUACCUGAGUUUAAGCUCUGGUCGCCAAUUGCACUACUGCGUGGGAUGGCUACACCGAAAAGAGUGUGACAGCAUAGAAAUCCGGGGCAAAAACAAUUGGAUAGAGAUUAUCCCAGUCUAAUGAAUGUAAAUGCAAGAAGAUAUACAUGGAUCAGACAGUAAUACA